AUGUGUGCCCCAACUGAGACAGGGGGCAGAGAGGACAAGACUGAGAUGAGAGAGGAUGGAGAGAUGAGAGAGGGUGGAGAGAUGAGGGAGGGUGUAGAGAUGAGAGAGGGUGGAGAGAUGAGGGAGAGUGGAGAGAUGAGAGAGGGUGGAGAGAUGAGAGAGGGUGGAGAGAUGAGGGAGGGUGGAGAGAUGAGAGAGGGUGGAGAGAUGAGGAAGGGUGAAGAGAUGAGGGAGGGUGUAGAGAUGAGAGAGGGUGGAGAGAUGAGGAAGGGUGAAGAGAUGAGGGAGAGUGGAGAGAUGAGGGAGGAUGGAGAGAUGAGAGAGGGUGGAGAGAUGAGGGAGGGUGUAGAGAUGAGAGAGGGUGGAGAGAUGAGGAAGGGUGAAGAGAUGAGGGAGAGUGGAGAGAUGAGGGAGGAUGGAGAGAUGAGAGAGGAGCAGAGAAGAUAUAGCAGAGAGCAAGGACAGGGAUAG